AUGCUCUUUGAGCUUCAGGCAACCCUGUCUACGAAAUCGCCCAUGAGCACGCCGAUUUUUUCCGGGAAAUGUGAUGUGCGGCACGAGAUAGAUUUCGUGCCAGGAUCAAAACAUUGCGUGACACGGCAGUGGCCGUUAUCGCGCGACCAAGUCAUCGCUAUUGAUGAAUUGUUCGAGGGUCGCCGCAAGGCUGGCCAUGCCCGCGAGAGUAUCUCGCCACAUUCGAGCCCGACUUUCUAUGUGAAGAAAGCCACCGGCGAUUGGCGCAUUGUGCACGCCUUCAACAAGCUGAAUGACGCCACUAUAUCGCUCAAACGCCUAUCCCUCGAAAAGACAUGUUAUUAA